GCACAGACAAGUUUGUUUGUAUAACAACUGAUAAUGCCUCAAACAUGCAAAAGGCAUUUGAACAUUUUCCUGACGCAUGGCUUGGGUGCUUUGGCCAUAACUUGAAUUUGGCUGUUUCAAAAAUUCUGAAUCUGAAACGUGUUGAAUCUGCAGUGCGAGCCUGUCGUCAUCUGGUUCAGGAGUUCUCAAGAAGCUGGAAAAGGAGAAGAGAGCUAAAAGUUAAACAAACUGCUCUGCAGUUACCAGUCAAGUCGCUCAUUCAUGAUGUAGUUACCCGGUGGGGGUCUACAUUUCAGAUGCUAGAACGAUUUCUUAGUCAGCAACAGGCAAUUAGUGCAACAUUAGCAGGGGAACGAGGAGCGUGGCACCUGAUGCCCAAAGAGACUGACCUCUCUGUUAUGGGGCAAGUCUGUGAGCUCCUUGGUCCUCUUAGCCAGUUCACUGAUGCACUUUCCACAGAGACCAGUGUAACGCUCUCUACUCUGAAACCUGUUCUGGAGCACAUUAAAACAGAGAUCUUGAUCCAAAGCAAUGAUGACCCUCCACUCAUAACUCAAAUGAAGAAGACAAUGAGAGAGGAUCUUGACUCUAGGUAUUCAGAAAAAGCACUCAAAAUGAUGGACAUAGCAUGUUUUAUUGACCCCCGCUUCAAAGGAAACUUCUCUGAAAAUCUUGUAGACAUUGUCAGUAUCACUGUGCAAGAGGCCCUUAGACUGGUUCCUGUGAAUGUGAGACAAGAACCUCCAGCUGAAAUGACUAGUAGACCCAUUUCCACCUCUACACUUGAUAAAGCCAGCACCCAUGGACUGACUGGGCUACUGAAGAAGAUCACAGCAACAAGGCAGCAGAGAACUGAAGAACAGAGCACAAUAGAAGAUCAGGUGAAGGCAGAAGUAAAGAUUUACAUGUGUCUUCCUUCUGUCGAGACUGAAGAGGACCCGCUGCUGUGGUGGGGUGGUCAUGCAGGAGAGCUGCCUCAUCUUUCAAGGAUUGCCAGAAGGUUUCUGUGCAUACCUGCAACAAGCGUUCCCUCAGAAAGAAUCUUUAGUGCAAGUGGUAGCAUUGUCACUCCUCAUCGAGCAAGACUUAACCCUGAAAAAGUAAACAUGCUGACCUUUUUGCACUUUAAUUUACCAUGAAGGGCUAAAUGAAUUGAAGUUAAUACAAUACACUGAAACUACACUGAAACUGUAAACAGCUAUAGAGACACUAGCUAUUUACAGUUUCAGUGUAGUUAGCUCCUCCCUUCAGACAGACAUAAGGCAGUGCCCACCGGCCAUCUGACCAGAACUGAAGAAGUGGCUUGGAUAAGCAGCCAAACAUCUUCAACCCUACAACGAU